UUAACCGUGACAGCAACUUUAAUGUAGUCUGUCUUAGCUGUGGUUGUGGGUUUUAAAGAGACACUUCUGAGCAAUAACUUUACGUAGUAAAGAAGAUGGCUUUACUGUUCUGCGAUGCCUUUUGGGGUACUGACUUUUCUGACCAGUCAGGUUAUGAAGCGAUAUUGCAGAGGUUACAGGAUGGCAGACACAUGUGCAAAGACAUAGACGAACUGUUGAAAAUGAGAGCACUAGCGGAGGAGAAGUACGGCCGAGAUCUGGUGGCAAUUGCCCGGAAGGCAGAAGGUCAAACCGAGAUUGGAACAUUAAAGGCCUCGUUUGACAAAUUCAAAGCAGAAAUUGAGAAGACAGGAAACCUGCACAUCCAACUAUCUGAAAGUAUAAAGGAGGGAGUUCAGAAAAUAGAGGCAUUUCGAGAGCACCAGAAGGAACAGAGGAAAAAGCUUGAAGAGAUUAUUGAAAAACUUCAGAAGCCUAAAAUGCUGUUGCACAAGAAGACCAUGGAGUCUAAGAGGUUAUAUGAGCAGAGGUGUAAAGAGGCAGAAGAGGCUGAACAAGCAGUGGGGAAGAAGACAAAUGUGGCCACCUCCACCCACCGGCAAUCAGAAAAGGUGAUGAACAGGGCGCGGUUAUGCAGGCAGGCAGCCAACCUGGCAGAAAAGCAAUACAAAUGGAAUGUUGAUCAACUAAAAGAAAUGUGCCAGGACUGGGAGAGCACAUACAGGAGUGCAUGUGAGGUGUUCCAGCAGCAGGAGUCUGAGCGCAUUAAUAUCUUGCGCUGUGUGUUAUGGGAUCAUUGCAAUCUGCUGUCCAUCUGGGUACAAAGCUGUCACUGGGGCGGAACCCUAAGGAAACACAUUUUUAUCAAUAACGCUAAGACUUGGAGCGAUGCUCAAAAGUUUUGCAGAGAGAAUUAUGCUGACCUGUCCACCAUAGACAGCCAUGAGGAACUUACACGGUUCAAAAGCGAUUCAAACAAUCAGAAAGCUGGUAGCACAGAGAGCUGGGUUGGACUGAGCAAACUCUCUGUUCACAGCCAAUGGAUGUGGAGUGAUGGAAGCAAAGAAAUUUCUAUGCCAUGGAAGGAUGGUCAACCAGACACCCCAUAUAGUGCCUUUUGCUGUAAGAGUUCAGGUGGGGAAUUGUAUGACUACGUUUGUGAUAUGCAGUACCCUUUUUUCUGCUACGAGUGGGUGCCUGAACUGAUCCUGGUAACGGAGAAGAAGAGCUGGGAGGAGGCGUUAGAACACUGCAGGUCUCAACACUCUGGCUUGGCCUGUCUGCCAACCAGUUUACAUCUCUUCCAAGCCAAUAACAAGACUGCAGACAUGCAAACCGACGGCAUGUGGACAGGUCUGCGCUUCCUGGCAGGCUCCUGGUUCUGGGUCAAUGGGGAGUCUCUGGGAAAUUUGGUCCAGCUGCCGGUAUGCCCCGCCAGUCCCCUUUACUGUGGAUCUCGAAACCUGGCAGCUAAUCAUUGGGAGAGCAGAGACUGUGCAGAGAAACUAAACUUUGUAUGUUAUUAA